AGGAAUUCCGAUAACCAUUCGCAUACGCAGAGUAGAAUUGACAGUAGGGAGGCAGAAUGGCAAAACAUAAAUACGUGAUAUAUGACGCAGGAGAUAAAGUAGAUGUUGCUUCCGAAGGGGACAUACCUCCACCAAGGGAUCUGGUUGAGCAGAUGUACUGCUCUGAACAGAUUCACAUCCCACCAACCUUUCCUUAUAUUCUGCGUCAGUACUGCAAGGCAGCUAUCCGCACACAGCCAUAUGAUCUGCUCAAAUGGUCAACUGCUUAUUUCCGUGCAAUGGCAGAUGGAGAAAUACCACCUGUUAAACACCGACUUGAGUACCCACCCACUGAUGUGCCCUCAGGGCUGACACCUGGGUAUCUGAGGGUAAUACUGAGGCAGUUAAAGAGGAAAAAAGUUAUCCCAACAGAGCUGCUGUAUAAUAAGUGGGGAGGAUUAUGUCUGAACCAUAACGCCUUGAAGGUGAUGCUGGAAAUAGGAGAGUUCACUGAUGAUGAAGUAGAUGUUUUGAAAUUUGUGGCAAUUGCAGCUGGCCAUCUCACACAUAACCUGAAACAAACAAUGAUAGUCAUAUGUGAAAUACUGACUGAAGAACCUGAAGGUGGGUCAGCUAUGAUUCCAUUCUCAACAUUUUGUGACCUUUAUACAUAUCUUGCAAAAAAAGACUGUGGGCCACCAUCUGCCCAUAAACCUGUUGUCAAGGAAACAAUUCAAGCAGAAGAGGAAUCAGAGGAAACUGAAGACAAAUUACACAAACAUGCAGAGGACAUAAUCACCGAUAUUGUAGGAACUGUUGUAUCUGUUCCAGGAGAUGAAGAACAAACAACAGAAAAUGUUACUGGAGCAGAUGUUCAAGGAGAAGGUGAGCAGGAACAGAGCCCAGAGUUAUCAGAAACAACCAUUGGUGAAAUGCAAAUGUCUGGCAGUAAAGAUCUUGAGGAUACAGCAGAAGUUCAUGAAGAGAGUGUUCACAUAACAGAAACAAAAGGAGAAAAUGGUAUGGAUAAUAUGCAUCCAGAUAAAGAAAGCAGUCAUGUAGGAGUUGAUAGGACUACUUCAGUGAAAUUUAAGGAACCGGUACAUGCAGGCAGUAUAAACACAGAGGAAGACGUUUCAUUAUUAUCUGAUGAGUCCAGUUCUGCCACAGUGCCAGAAGAAAAGAGUUCUGAACCAGAAGAAAAGAGUUCUGAAAAGAUUGCAAAAGAAACUGUUAAAGAAGUUGUACAUAGAGCAGAAGUUGCUGCUGAAGCAAAUCAAGCCGAAAUUACGGCUGCCCAAUUUGUGAUUAAGGUUAAGUCAGAAACAGUGUCAAGGAAAGUUCGUACACAACAGAAAGCACCCAAGAAGACACUGAAACCCUCCCACAUGCAUCAUGAAGUACCUGGCAUUGGGCCUCCAGUCUCAGAUGAACAAAUAGACAAAGUUAUUACAUAUUUGCAUUACUGGUCUGCACGACAAGAAGGAAUGAUUAUGCCACGCAACAUAAAUCAUUUCCUUUGUCCAUCACUUGAUCCUCCUCCUCCUCCAGAAUUUAUAGAGGCAUCGCUACCAACGUGCAUCUGUGGCAUAGGAAAUCCAAUGGCCUCUGAGUGCCAUUGCACAGCUGCUUCUGACAACUAAUCAAUUUAAAACCAUCAGUGUUAGUGGGAAUGUGCAUGCUCACCAGUAAUUGCUUGUAACAGUGCUUUUUACCAGUGAUAUUGUCAUUUCAGUACUGUAGUUCUUCAAAAGUUCUUCAACUGCUGUUUCACUAGCAGUUUUAAAGUAAAUGUAGAUUGAUCAUAAGGGUCUGAAGCUCACCAUUGCCUUUGACUGCUGAUCAUACACCCAGCACAAUAUUGACCACAAUGCUCAUCACCUCCUACAAACUUAAGCAAAUUAUCUUUCAUUAUUUUCAAAUAAUUUACACAGUGAUUAGCUUUUUGCUAUUACAUGUACAACA